UCGUGAAAGACAACCGUGGAAGCCUACGGAUGGCUCUUGUAAACAGCUUUUAAGGUUGUUGCGUGGUUAUGCUGUUACAAAACAGUUACACUAGUAAGAUAACCGUGUUUACAUAACGUGGACAAGACUGCUUUACAGAAGACUAUACAAAUAGGGUGUGCUUUGAGCCACUAAAAUCAAAAUAUAACGUAUAGGGGAGCCGAAAUAGAACACAUUGAGCGGAGCUUGCUUGCUUGCUAGCUAACACAAAACAACUGACGUUUGGACCGCUAGCUGUCUGACAACAUCAAGCUGAGAGGAAGUGAGAAUGUGAAGCACAAUGGCCAACUUAGAAGCCUACCAGGAGUAUCAACGAAUUGAGGACUUUGAGGAGGACUCACCACCCGGAGAGGAGGACUUGUUAGUGCAUGUGCCAGAGGGCCUAAAAGACUCAUGGCACCACAUCAAGAAUCUGGACAACUUCUUCACAAGAAUCUAUCAUUUCCAUCAAAAAAAUGGCUUUUCUUGUAUGAUGCUUUCUGAAUUCUUUGAACUUGUUCAGUUUCUUUUUGUCGUCACAUUCACAACGUUCCUCUUCAACUGUGUGGAGUAUGAUGUCCUGUUUGCCAACCGGGCCGUGAACCACACUGGGCCAGGCCAGAAUCCUUUGGACAGGAACAAGGUCACCUUACCCGAUGCCAUCCUACCCAGCCAGCAGUGCACGGAGAGGAUCCAGGAGAACAGCUGGAUCAUAUUCCUCCUCAUCAUGGCCGCCACCUUUUGGAUCUAUCGGCUGGUCAAGGUGUUCUGUAACGUUCUGAGCUACUGGGAGAUACGGCAGUUCUACAUUAAAGCCCUGAAGAUUAGGAUGGACGAUCUGUGUAACUUCACCUGGCAGGAGGUGCAGGACCGUCUGAUCAGCCUGCAGCGCGAGCAGCAGAUGUGCAUUCACAAGAAGGAGCUGACAGAGCUGGACAUCUACCACCGCAUCCUGCGCUUCAAGAACUACAUGGUGGCCAUGGUCAACAAGUCCCUCCUGCCUGUACAGCUGCAGCUCCCCCUGCUGGGCAACCUGGUGUUCCUCACCCAGGGCCUCAAAUACAACUUUGAGCUCAUCCUCUUCUGGGGACCCGGCUCGCUGUUCCAGAACAAGUGGAACCUCCACCCCAAGUACAAGCGGGCAGGAAACCGUCUCGAGCUGGCCCAGAAGCUGAGCCGGGUCAUCCUGCUCAUGGGCCUGGCCAACCUCCUGCUCUGCCCCUUCAUCCUGGUUUGGCAGGUGCUUUACGCCUUCUUCAGCUACACCGAGGUGAUCCGGCGUGAGCCCGGCAGCCUGGGCGCCCGCCGCUGGUCCCUGUACGGGCGUCUAUACCUGCGGCACUUCAAUGAGCUGGACCACGAGCUCCACGGUCGGCUGGGCCGUGGCUACAAGCCCACGUCUAAGUACAUGAACUCCUUCAGCUCGCCGCUGCUAGCCGUGCUGGCCAAGAACGUGGCCUUCUUCUCGGGCUCGGUGCUGGCCGUGCUCAUCGCCCUGACGGUGUAUGACGAGGACGUGCUGACCGUGCAGCACAUCCUGACCGCCAUCACUGUGCUGGGCGUGGUCAUCACCGUCACCAGGUCCUUCAUUCCAGAUGAGCAUAUGGUGUGGUGUCCAGAGCAGCUGUUGCAGUGCGUGCUGGCACACAUCCACUACAUGCCAGACCACUGGAGGGGCACGGCUAACAAGAGUGAAACCAGGGACGAGGUGGCCCAGCUGCUCCAGUACAAAGCGGUGUUCAUCCUGGAGGAGCUGCUCAGUCCCAUCGUCACACCCUUCAUCCUCAUCUUCAUCUUGAGGAACAGGUCCCUGGAGAUCAUCGACUUCUUCCGGAACUUCACUGUGGAGGUGGUGGGUGUGGGCGACAUCUGCUCCUUCGCUCAGAUGGACAUCCGCCGCCAUGGCAACCCAAUGUGGAUGUCUGAGGGACAGACGGAGGCCUCGGUCUACCAACAGGCGGAGAACGGCAAGACAGAACUGUCUCUCAUGCACUUCACCAUCAAAAACCCUCGCUGGCAGCCCCCCCAGGAGAGCUCGGUCUUCAUCAGCCACCUGAAGGAGAAGGUGCACCAUGACGCCCAGACGGGGCCCCCAGCCCAGCUGCUGCUCUCCGAGGCCCCCCUCUGCUCCUCCCUGCUCUCCAAUGACUCGGCCUCCGCUCCGGACAACCUGCUGGCCAGCGUCCUGGCCCACCCUGUCCUGACGGCAUCGGGUCUGCCGGGGCGAGACCGCCGCUUCCUCCCCCCCAGCACGGCCGCCUCAGCCGCCGCCAGCGUCCUGGCCUCGCUGUCCACCUCCCAGCUCCCGCACGCCGGCCGCAGCCGCUCGCACGUCCAUCUGACCUCCACCCACCCGGACGGCCCCAUGUACCGCAGCGACCGCACCUUUAUCGACAGGAACUCUCCUCUCAGCAUGUCUGCGAGCGACUCCCGUGUCCACAGCACCCCGCUGCUCUCAGAGUUCGCCUCCGCCGAGAUGAGCCUUCACGCCAUCUACAUGCACGAGGUCCACCAGCAGAGCGCCCUGCCUCAGAGGGCAUCUGGCCAGUGGCAGAACCUCGUCCCCAUGAGGGAUCUAAACACUACCACUGGUACUCAUGCUGUGAGCUUGUCCAUGCCCACUCCUCUCCGUCUGGGCGGCUGGACCGAGGAGGAGGAGGAGGAUGAAGGAGAGGAGGAGAUCAACAGCGGGUCGACUCCUAAAGAGGACGCUAAAGAGUAGCCGCUAGAGUGCCUUACAUCACGAGUGUUUACACUUUUCUUUCUCAAUGAACAUUGUGGCCUUAGAUGAUCGGUUUGGAGAGUUUGAAUUGGACCUUAUGGACAUCGCUCAGUCGGCGGAGCUCAUUGGAUAAACCACUGUCUCCGCCCCUCCAUGCCUCUCCUCUCACAUCAGGAGCGAUGUGACGUCAGGGAAACCAAGUCUUCCGUCACUCUCCUCGUCAUCCUUUUGUUAUAAAUGUAUAUACAGUCUGCGUGUUGCGUGUGUGUGCCUGCGUAAAUGUGUGAAAGAGUACUGUUGUCGACAAUAUAUUUUUUUCCCUUCUCAGUUUAGGUUUGAUACUUGAGGGGAAAAAGGUGGCGUCGCUCAAAAUGUGGGUAUGGUUGACCAUGACUCAUCAGUAACUUAGAAGGCAGAACACAGAAUUCUUGCAGGGUAGUCGUUUGUGAAAGGCAAGCAGCAAAACCAUCACAACUUUUGUUGUGAUGGUUUUGCAAAACGAAGAAUGGUGUUAUGAGAACACGUUCACUUGCUUGGGGCGGAAACACGUUACUUGGUGCUGAAAAUACUACAUGGUAGUGUGUUAUAGCUGCCUGACCAUUUCAGCUACAAGAACAGUAGGAUUGCAACCCUCAACAUUGUCAUAUUUAGGCCCUCAUUGAUUAUAAAUAUACUUCCAUGUCUUACCUCUACGAAUAGUAGAGUUUUAGUUAUGCUGUCUGUGUUUAAUAGACAAAUCAAAGUACUGAGGUGAUGUGUACCUUUGCUAACGCUGGGUGAGUCGCCGGGAGGGCAGCAUGAGUACCUGACGAAAGCCUACAGGGGCUAGAUCAAAAACACCUGUGGAAAAACUAGACGUCCUUGGGAACAUUGAAAGCUGCUGUCUGUCAGUUUUUAUUGACCAUCCAUAUUUUAAUUUCAGUAUUUAUUUCCAUUUUCUUCUCCUUUGACAAGGGAUUUUUUUUCUUCCAUUACAGAUAAACAAAAAGAAAUCCCCACCUGUGCUCACUUUAAAGCCAUCAAUACAUCGUAGAGUUAAGGACAAGCGUUAUGGACAGGUUGUCACAGGAAUGUUUAGGUUGAUUGGUUGAACAACGUGUGGAUUAUGUGCGCCUUUUUAUGUGGAUCCAAUCUUCAAAGGCACACUCAAAAUGUAUAAAACAAGGGCUGUUGCCACAGCAUGCUUUGCAUCUUUACGUGGAGAUUGUUUAAUUUAAUAACAAUGAAUCCUGUACCAGUAUUUCCUUUUUUAUAUAACAGAACAAUCUUGACAAUGACUGUCACUUCCUUUAGGUUUUUAUUUGAGAUUUUUUGCCUCAUAAAUUAUUUAACAUAUUUCAUAUACCAAAUUACCCCUCCCUCCAAAAGAAAAUAAAUUAAGUAAAAGAAAUGUCUUCACAUUUUCACCCUCUCCUUAAAGCGUUCCUUCAAAAAGCAUUGCAUUAGUGUAAGCAUGGAGUAACAAAGUUCCCAGGGUAUGUUUUACAGCAGUACUUUUCUUUGAAAUCAAUGCAGUGAAAAUGCACCUGUGCGCAAGGAAGAGGAUUUAAAGAUGAUUACAUUAAAAGUAAACAACUGCAGUUUUUUGGGAUACAGCCCCACCUAGUGGUUUCAGAAGUGCAUCUCGCUGAGGACAAAUACAACUGCAUGGCAAUGCUGAAUGUAGCCUACCCCUAGUAGUAUAAUGUAUCAUAGUGACUGUAACUAUAAUGGCUUGAAACUUAACACCAUCUUAAACACUGAUAUUCCCAUGGAUGGAAUACAUUUAGGUAUUAAUCUCACAACUCACCACCCCUAUAAGACCUCAAAAGUCACAGACGUCAGCCCCCCUCUCACCCAUUUGUAGGUAGCUGACUAUUCCCUAUUAUGUGUUUGUAAGGGAAGAAAAUACAUCUGUCUAUUUAUGCUAAGCUAACAUUAACUCUAUUUUGCACUGACCAAAAAAUGAACUGAUGUUGCAUAAGUGCAUCAACUACAUUUUAUGUGCAGCGGUCUCAAAGGGACUUUGUGUAUUUCACCAUCCUGACCAGCUUCUCUCACUUUAUGUAUAUAAGCAUAGCAUCACCAUGUCUAGUAUUGUUGUUGUCCACAGUGCGGCCACUUGGAAGCACUGUGGCCAAUCACACACCUGGUUGCUGUUACCGCUGUUACCGUCAGUAAAAGUUUGCCCUAUCGGGGGAAAGGUUGCUGUCAUGUUUGUGGAUAUAUAUACGUCACAUGGGCAUCACUGUUCUUCAUUUGUCGUCACUGAUGUUUUGCUGAUGCCAUGAGCUUUUAGUUAUGGAGAUGUGGCAGCUUGAUUACUAUCCCCCCCACCUCCCAUGAAGUUCUUGCCCUUUGCCAGUUUGCAUAUCUAAAUCUCAAUGCCUCAUAUCUCUUUCUUUUUUAAAUUUUAUUUGGAGCCGUGCCUUAGGUUUAGAAGUAGUUCCUCUUAAAAACAAUUUCAUGUCAACCAUCAAAUCUUGUUUAACUGUAUUCUUAGCUGCACAUAUGUAUAGUAUUUAUAUUUGGCAGGUUUAUGUUUGGCACCAAGUGAACAGUGGGAGUUGUAUUUUACUAUUGUGGAUUAGGCUUGUGUAUUUUAACAUCAACUGCAGUAGACAGGUGUUUCACACCUCACAGGUGUGAAACAUCAUCUACAUCAUCUACUGUACGUGACUUGUUGUUUUGCACUUGUCUUCCCUUCCCUGUGGAAGCAGUUCUUGGGAGCAUGUACGUUCAAUACCUUGUGUUGAUUAGAUGACUCCUAUCACAUAACCCUCCCAGUAUCACAGCUUGUUAUCCACUAUCCACCAGUCCAAGAGACAUAUUGACUGGUACAAGGUGCUACGUUUUCAUAUUCUAGUGUUGAAAGUUUUUUUUUUUUGCUUGGUAAUUUAAGAACUAGCUGAAAAUGCCAAAAUAUAUUGUUUUCAUCACAGCUUUACAGUAAACAUUUUAUUUGUUUUCGGAAUAGUUAAUAUAGGUAAAUGAUUCUUAUUUUGUGUGUAAUCAUUAAAGUGUGUCCCAAGA